AUGGGCUUCAAGGUUAUAAUCGCCGGAGGCAGCGUGUCAGGCCUGUCUCUGGCGAACAUGCUGGAGAAGUUCAACAUAGACUACGUGCUCUUGGAGGCGUAUCCUGAAGUCGCACCCCAGGUUGGCGCAAGUAUUGGCUUGUUACCCAAUGGGUUUCGAAUUCUCGACCAAAUUGGCUGUUACGAACCCAUUCGCAAUAUUUCAAAUGAAUUCUACCUGAAAGCCACAAUUCGAGGAUCGAAUGGCGAGCUUAAAGCAAAGAACUCUGAAGCCACAGUUCAACACACGGAAGAACGACUUGGUUACCCUUCAAUCUUCAUCGACAGACAAAUGCUCCUCCAGGUCCUCUACGACAAUCUCCAACACAAAGAUAGAGUUCUCACGAAGAAAAGAGUGUCUCGAAUUGACAUUGUCAAGGGGGGAGUCCAAGUCCAUACGGAAGAUGGCUCUCUCUUUGAAGGAGACAUUAUCGUCGGUGCUGAUGGUAUCCAUAGCACCGUAAGGGAGGAGAUGUGGCGUAUAGGACAUAAAGAAAGCCCGGGCUACUUUCCUCCUGACGAACAUUCCCGUAAGAAGUCCCCCUUGAACUUUCCCUUGGGGGUUCCCGUCGACACAAAAUGCAUUUUCGGUAUCUCCAAACGCCCCAGUGGGCUUCCGCCCCUCACCCAACAAAUGGUGCAACACGCUGGGCGAAGUUACCUCAUCGUUCACGCGCCUGGUAACAGGACAUACUGGUUCUUGUUCAAGGGCAUCGACAAGACCUUGCGCGGAAAGGAGAUCCCCCGAUACACUAAGCAGGACCUGGAAGACUUGGCCAAAGAGCACCUGGACGACAAGAUUUACGAUGACGUGACGUUUGGAGCCAUUUACAAGAACCGCAUUAUGUCAACUCUGGUCCCCCUAGAGGAGUACGUUUUCGACAAGUGGCAUUACCGGAGGAUUAUUACGAUUGGCGAUGCCAGCCACAAGAUCGAUCCUCUUUCAGGCCAAGGAGGCAACGGCGCCAUCGAAGCUGCAGCACUGCUGGUAAACUCACUCACAAAUAUGCUGGAGAAGAACCCCGACAGUCCAUCGGAAGCAGAAAUCACCAAGGCAUUGGCAUACGUUCACGAGGUGCGACAUGCAAGAGCCAAGGGUCUCGUGCAGCAAGCCCACGAUCUGCAAAUGAUUCUGAUGGGGAAAUCUCCCAUUUCCAAAUUCGUUAUCCACGUUCUUAUGCCGAUCCUGGGAGAGGAGAGCUUCCUCAAGAUGGCUAUUCCCAUCUCCGCAGCUAGCCAUCAUAUCGAGAGGCUUCCUGUUCCAUAUAGGCCCAGAUUAGUCCCGUACGAUGAUGAGCUGCCGGCUAAGCCCAUUAAGAGCAAUGUGGGCUCUUGGGCGUCUUGGAUCUUGUCGGUCGGAGCUUUGGGAUCGUUGUUGUACCAGACCGCCCAACCAGUGGGAAUCUCGGCCGUAGCGCGCUCGUUUGCGGCUCUCCAAACGGUUCUACCUGGUGCAUCAAACGUUUUCAACCUUUCUACACAAUUCCUUGGAUUGCUUGGGGCAGCGGUUGCUGAAAACCCAGUGCAGACCAUCCAACUCCGCACCAACCUUCUUUCGGCCCUCACGCUUUGGUUCGUCGAGGGAAGCCGUCGUGGCAAUCUUCUUGCUAUUCCAGCAUGGCCGACAGCUGCUGUCGCUGCUUACUCUUUUCUCGGACCCAACGCCGUAAUGCCGUCUUUGUGCCUCACAAAUGUCCUGACGGCGUCUAACGACAUUCCUGGUCGCCACGUGCCAACCAACACCGCAAAGUCUGUCUUGCCUGCGGUCAUCUUGGGCUACGGUAUCCCUACUCUUUUGGCAUCUUUGCCUAUCCAGAACCCUCAGCUCCGCCAAACCGUCAACGUCGUCGCCAGCGCUGCCCCGUUGCUGUCUGCGGCCUUGCUGAAGCUGUUGCCCUCGGCCAUUAAAACCGUCAAGAACGCCAUCAACCCGCCAAAGGCAGACGUGAAGAUUGAGCAGCACGAGUCGGAAGAGUUCCUCGACAUGUACAAGAAGACGGACGUGGCGCCGCUCAAACUCACCUACUCCGUUACCGCCACGGUCUGUGCCGUUGCUCACAUUGCGGGCUUGAUCUACACAACCUUCGAGUCACCCUCCGCAACAGGAUCGGCCAGCUUGUUUUCUGGAAGCACUGCAAUGUUUGGCUUGGCCUCUGCCACACUCUCUUCGUAUCUCGCAUAUGAUAUGCGCGUUCGUGGUUUCGUUACCAACAAGCAGUCUUUGACUGCGGCCCUGGCUUCUGCUGCUGGCAGCGUCCUUGUCGGACCUGCUGCUGCACUUUCCGGAUUCUUUUACUGGCGUGAGCAUGUUGUUUCCAGCUUGGGACAGUAG